AUGUGUUGGGCGCAGAAACUUCGAGCAUACGGAAAAGCCAUUAAGGACACCACAACCUCGAUCGGACAUAUCCAAUGGUCCGAUGACGAUGAAACGCUCUGGUACAAAGAUACCCAGUUCACCAUGACGCAACUGCGAAGUCUAGUUUCAACAGAACUUGAGAUUGCCCAGGCACAGCUCUCGGACCUUUUUCUUAUUCAUCCAGACGAUGAUGAUCGAGACCUGGUAGUGCCUUCGCUGAGUCUCCGGUCACUGGCUGAUAAUCCAGCCGAGUCGGCCCCGGGGUGGAGCUUCAUAUGCCAUCCUAAGAAUAAAGCAUUACAUGGACAUGAGAAGUGGCUUUUAAAUAGAAUCCUACAGACCAGCUGGCUCCGCAACGACUUUUUCCGGGUGCCAAAACGAGCUAUAUGGCGUGAACAAACUGUAAGCAAAUACGUCACCAACGUCGAUAGGUUUCUAGAGAGACUUCUUCUCCUCAUCCAUAUUACGGGCGGUCAACCAGCGAGAGGCACCGAACUGCUGUCCAUUCGGCAUCGAAACUCUGUUGAUGGCCAAGGCAGAAGAAAUAUCUUUCUUAAAAGUGGCCUCGUCAGCUUCGUUACAUAUUACCACAAAGGAUAUAAUAUCAAUAGCUCAACCAAGAUUAUUCACCGCUAUUUUCCGCUUGAGGUUAGCAAGCUUGUGGUUUAUUACCUGUGGUUAGUAGUACCAUUCGUUGACCAGCUCCGAAUCCUAGCGAUGGGCUCUGCUUUGAAUAAAUUGGGUUCGUCAUAUCUCUGGGGAGAGUCAACAAAACCGCCCGACAAGUCGCCAGGAGAGAGGACCAUCAAAAGCACGCAACCAGGCUCAGCUACAGCUGUAGAGACGCCCUGGCUCUCUACCAGGCUGUCCAGAAUAUUCGUGCAGGAAUUUCAGCGAUUGAUUCCUACGAAGGUGACGAUUCCAAUUUGGCGUCACGCGGCCAUUGCGAUUUCACGUCGUCAUCUUCGCUAG